ACCUGAGGUACCUAUUAUUUCCAGGCUCUCGGCCAUGUCUCACUAGUAAGACCGCUGCGGAUCAGCUUGCUGACAUGAGGAGAAGGUUCGGAUGCAGGCUAUAAUUACGCUCUUUGGGCGGGUUUGGGGGAUGAGGAGAGAUUCUGUGAUCAUGCGCAUUGUGCGAAUGUGGAAACUUGGCACAGGCAGUCUAAACGGAACUAGAUUUUAUGUCUUGGCAACACAGCAGUAAUGGAGAUAAAAAAUCCGCCCACUUGCUCCGCCCCUGAACUCUCUUGAAACUCACAAGCUCACCCAUUCCCAAUUACAUACUGUACCGCCUGAAUUUACCAUUUGAACUAUUUUAAAAUGGCAACAACACACCGCCUUUUGGACACAAACGAUGAGCCACCGCCAACAUACACGCCGUUCCCGCGGCCUGAAGAGCAGUCAAUAGACGCUGGCGCUGGGGCGCCAAUAGUGAGAGCAACACCGGCGCACGUUGUCAUAAACCCGUCCGACCCACGCAGCGACUAUGCACGCGAGUUCUUUGGCACACAAAACGUCACGUAUCCGCCGUCACGUUCGGCAACUAUAGGAGGCCCGCUGCCGCGCAGCCGCGGUGUGCCGCCCAGGCUGCAGUUUGGGUACGAAAAUAUGGCAGGCCCGCAGGCGCGGUCAUCAGCUCCACAGACGCCCGAUGCGACUGGUGAUGCGACCAACCCGCUCUACCGGCCAGUAACCGCUGACGUUCCGCUGACGUCACAGCAUGUAUCGACCUCAGUGCCGCCAGUACCAGGGAGAUACAUGGCAGUGAACGACAGCCGGACGCAGACGCGGGUGGUGAGUCAGCCGAGCACCUUACACUAUGGCAGCUAUCCGGGACAUGGACAUGCUGGUCAGCCACCGGCGGGCCCGAUGCCUGGGAGCUGGGGCAGUGGACUGCAGGGCGGAUAUUCAGCGGUAGCAACGCUGCCCGCAAAUGUCACAUACAGCGUGUGCCCGCACUGCUUAAACUCUGGAUGGGUGCGCAGCAGUGUGCCAUGUAACUGUGUUGCUGGCGUGGUUGCACGCGACCAGUUUAUGCGGCCGCGGCCAACAAAUUUCUUUGACGCCAUCAACGGCCUGUUUGAUCCGCAGCGACACACCUAUACGGUAGCCUAUGGCCCGGUUCUGCCGGUUCCGCCGGUUCCGCCUAGAAGUGGGGCAGCCCCUCCGCCGAUGCCGCCCAGAGACAUAUCAUACCAGCCCGAACCAUUCUUUGCCCCACAUGUUCCGGGGUCUGGCCAGCUGUGCCCCAAUUGUCGUGGUAAAGAUUCACUCACCUUGAUUCCAGUGGGCACCCAGCACGGGUAGAGAAAAGCUGGCACGAUCUCCCCAUUGCCGCACUUGCAUGGGUCUUUCCAGAAACAGGGACACAGGUGCCAGCAGUAUACUCGCAUUAUGCAUGGAAAACUAACAUCCUAUCUCUAUUGCCUUUAUUGUGUAAUUGUAGGCCAGGCGUACUUUCGAACGCCUGCAGCGCGAGAUUCGCCAGUGCGCAUGGAGGUAGAGCGCAACUUCCAGGGCC